CCUCAUCGAAGAAGAAUGAUGCUCGAAAAUGAAAGAAUUUUAGAAUGUCUCUCGAUGUUACUUUUCAUUCCAUUGUCUCUUUGUUGCGUACAACUGUCGUGUUCUGUCUUACCACGCAAUUAGCCCGCGAGACAGGAUGACAAAUCUGAAAACAUUUACAUCUGUUUCUACUUAGCUAGCUAGCUCUCUAACCAUGUUUAUCUUUGUAGCAUGCUAACCUAGCCUCAUCAAGGUGGAAAGAAAAUAAUUCGACUAUUCUUUGAGACGCCUCAAGUAUGACGGAACCAGGACAGUUUGUUUCAAGUAGAGAGGAAAUAUCUACAUAUCUGCUGGAGGUGGAAGCUGCAAAGUAUCGGAGGAUCCCAAACCCAAACAUGCUCAUUGGGUGACGUGGGGAGUGUGCAGGUCAUGGAAGAACUUGGACAUUUUCAGCUUCCAGGAAUUGCGGACAGAUCCUUUCGACAUGGGGCUAUGCAUUAUCAUGCUGAAACAUGCAGUGAUGGAUGAAUGGCACAACAAGGAGCCUCUCGUCACGGAGAUUUGCAGCCAGUAUAAGUACAUGAGGAAAAUCAGGGGCGAUGGUAAUUGCUUUUACAGAGCCCUCUGCUUUGGACACCUGGAAUCAUUGUUACAAAAUGAUAGAGCUUUGCAAAGAUUCAAAGAAACAGUGAAACAAAGUAGCAAAGAGUUAUUGGCUGCAGGCUUUGAUGAGAGCUCUUUCAAAGACAUGCUUGACAUGUUUGUAGGUGUUCUAGAACAAUGUGAAGCUGAUGAGCAGGGUGACGCGUUGCUCCAGCUCUUUAAUGAGCAAACUACCUCCGACAGUAUGGUGCAAUACCUCAGGCUGCUCACCUCAGCCUACCUGCAAAACCAUGCCGACUUCUUCAGCCACUUUGUGGAGGCACCCAGUCUCAAGGUUUACUGCACUCGGGAAGUGGAAACCAUGGCGAUGGAGUGUGAUCACGUAGAUAUUCUGGCUCUGUCGGAGGCCUUAGGAGUUAGCAUCCACAUUGCUUCCGUGGAGGGGGGAGACGGACACCGCCUGGCCCACCACACGAUUCCAGAGGGAGCAGAGCCCUGCCUACACCUCCUAUACAAAACAGCCCACUAUGAUAUUCUCUACCCACAUUGCCAUUGAGGGGCCUGAUGAAGGCCUCCACUUAUCUCAGGUUUACCGGUAGUUAAGUGUUCAAAUAAAUGUACAUUGUGAUUAAGAAGUUUCUCAAACAAAAAUGUUUAGCAUUGUUUUGUAAUUUACAGUGAACGCAUAUGCGGUAGACUCCGCUCGACUUUCUUGAAUGUCCCAAAAAAAAAGUAUUUAUUCAAAAACACGACUGAUAUCUUCUAAAAUCAUUUGUGAAAAUGUUACAAUAAUUGCACUGUAUUUCCAUUUAUAUAAAUUCAAUCUCAAACAUUCUAAUUGAGACUACAAUGAUUUUUAACACUGCUGCUGCUGCUUUUUCUUUUGUUUCCGUCUUUUCUUCUGAUUGGAGACACUGGUCAAGGCCGUUUCCAAAGCAUGUAGGGGCAUGUUGGGCAGGGAGAACUUUCCCAUCUGUGUGGGGUACUUGGUCUUCAUCACAUUCUUGAAUACACUGAGAAAUCAGGUAUUUCAGGUGCUUCUUCAUGCCCUUCACCAUCUUCUGCUGCUGCCUGUCAUCCUCCUCAUCCCCCCCCCCCCCCCCCCCCCCUAAAAAAAAAACUAAAUGUCAGUUUACUCUGAUCUAUUUAUGUAAGUCCCUCUUAUUUCUAGGUUUCUCAUGGGGCAACCUCCCACUCCUAGAUAACUCAUUUAAUGUAGUUUUAACAAGCAAAACAUCAUCAUCCAGGUCCACCUCCAGAGCUUCUGCUGCUUGCUUAAAUCAAGAGUUGUGCUGCUUCUCUCUGCUGUUGUGGAAUUCAAUCUUCUCUACCUUCCUGGCCAUGUUGACUCGCUCCUGUCAAGGCAGAUAUGAAAUAUGGUACAAUGUUGUUUUAUGUCAUUAAAGAUAAGUAAAUCUGUACA